ACUGUAUUCUGAAUCGUGUCAGUAAUAUAGUGAUUUUUGGUGAGAAAAUAAUAUUGUUAUUCUUUAAUACUCUUCUUUGAGCCUCCUGCUUGAUUAGUAUGUACAAAAAGAUGGUAAUGGAGUGUUUCUAGAAAUGCCUCCUCGAUUGCCGGUGCGACUUUUCCUCCUUCUUGUUAUCUUCUUCUUUAUUGUCUUAGUUUUCUUCACUUUUUGGGAUUCCAAUCGUGUGAAAAUUGAGCAACAGCAAAAGAAAAUUCCAGAUGAGAUCGUAUUGUCUUUGGCUAAUCUCAAUGAAGCUAAAACAAUUAAAAAAGCCCAUGGAAAGCCUUGGUUCAUGAAAGACGGAACCGAGUUACCGGAAAAGCACAAGGGUCCUCUGAGGCUGUUCCCAGAUCAAGCUUCUGGUGAUAGGAUAGUAGAUCAGUUGAUGUAUGUACCUGAAGAUUAUCAAGGAAACAACAGUCCUGAAAAAGUGAUACUCACCUAUACUCGUCUGAGCUCUUGGGGUCAGAAAUCUGGAUCAUCUUCUUUUAAUGGGUGCCCAGUCAGCAGAUGUUCUUUAACUGAUGACUUACGUAAAGCAACAGAUGCAGAUGCUAUUUUGUUCAAAGAUCGUGUCGUGCAACCAGGUGUCCCAAGACCCUCUAACCAGGUUUGGAUCAUUUACCAUUUGGAGAGUCCAUAUCAUACUGCAAAUAUCAAGUUUAUAGACCAGAUUAACUGGACUGCAACCUACCGCAGGGAUAGCGAUAUUGUUGCUCCUUACGAGAGAUGGGCCUAUUAUAAACCUACAGUACACAAAAAACUUCAAAAUCGAGAUUACGCUGCAAACAAAACGAAAAAAGUGGCUUGGUUUGUGUCGAACUGUGCUGCAAAAAACGAUAGAUUAACUUAUGCCAAAGAGCUUGGUAAAUACAUUACUGUGGAUAUUUAUGGUGCUUGUGGUUCUUUGGAAUGUCCUAAGUCCAGUAAAAAAUGCUUCGACAUACUAGAACGAGACUACAAAUUUUACUUAUCUUUUGAGAAUUCGAACUGCCGAGAUUACAUGACUGAGAAAUUUUUUGUAAACGGUCUGGGGAAGAGCGUGCUUCCUAUAGUGAUGGGUGGGAGGCCUGAAGACUACCAAAGAAGUGCGCCAGAAGGUUCCUAUAUUCACGUAGAUGAUUUUGCCGGUCCGCAAGAACUGGCUUCAUAUUUGCACAGACUCGACAAAGACAACGCUCUGUACAACUCCUAUUUUAAAUGGAAGGGCACGGGAGAGUUCAUCAACACUUUCUUUUGGUGCCGAUUAUGCGCCAUGAUGCAUGCUCCUUUAGAACACCGACAUUACGAAGAUAUCAACGAUUGGUGGAGAGGACCUGGAGUUUGUACAAACAAACCUUGGCGCGAAAGUUGGAUAGUUUAGAUGCAUGAAUAAUGUAUAAGUUUUCUGCUAUGAAAAUGAAAGUUCGACUGGCAUGAAUAUUUCAUGCCAGUCGAAGAUUGAAAAUUGACAAUUAAUUUUUGUUUGACCACAGGAAAUAAAAGGGUGAAAGUGUAUCGAUUCCCGUAGUAUAAACGAUUUCGAAAGGAAUUGUUGUGUUGAUAGUAUAAAUUUUUAUUUUCGUAAAUAGAAUUGUUGUCAAUAAAUUAUUUCAAAGUAAA